AUGUGUCAUACAACGCCUAAAUUUGCUGAAUACCUUUGUGAAGGGAAACAGAAGGAAUUAAGAGAUAUUGCAAAUGCAUUAGUAGCCCCAGGGAAAGGUAUACUUGCAGCUGAUGAAAGUGUCCCUAGUUUGGGAAAACGAUUCAAAACAAUUAACCUUGAAAAUACAGAGGAGAAUCGACGUGUUUAUCGACAACUUCUAUUUUCUACUGACCCAGCCCUAGCAAAAAAUAUUUCUGGAGUUAUUUUAUAUCAUGAAACACUUUAUCAAAAGGCUGACGAUGGAUUUCCACUUAUCAGACUUCUUCAAGAUAGAGGCAUUGUGCCGGGAAUUAAAGUUGACAAAGGCACAGUCCCAUUACCAGGAACACAUGAUGAAUGUAGUACACAAGGCUUAGAUGGACUAUAUGAAAGAUGUUCCCAGUAUAAAAAGGAUGGAUGUCAUUUCGCUAAAUGGCGUUGUGUCUUAAAAAUAUCAGAACGUAAUCCAAGUUCAUUGGCUAUUCAUGAGAAUGCUAAUGUAUUAGCACGUUAUGCAGCAAUAUGUCAACAGAAUAGUCUUGUGCCUAUAGUUGAACCAGAAGUAUUACAAGAUGGCAAUCAUGAUUUAUAUACUUGUAUGCGAGUGACUGAAGAAUUAUUAUCAUGUACUUACAGAAAAUUAGCUGAACAUCAUGUAUAUUUAGAAGGUACACUACUGAAAACAAAUAUGGUAACUGCUGGUAAUUUACACAGUCAAAAAUACAGUGUCGAACAGAAUGCUGCUGCAACUAUACAAGCCUUACAAAGAACUGUUCCACCUGCAGUACCAGGAAUAGUAUUUUUAUCUGGUGGCAUGUCUGAAUUAGACGCUACACUGAAUUUAAAUGCAAUUAACAGAUGCCCUGGACGUAAGCCUUGGACCUUAUCAUUCAGUUUUGGUCGAGCAUUACAACAGUCAGUGAUACAGAAGUGGGAUGGGAAAAGUAGUAAUAUUGUUGCAGCUCAAAAUGAACUAAUGAAAUUAGCACAAGUGAAUAUUUCUUAA